CCCAGAUUGACUCGAUUGACCAGAUUGACACGAUUCGACUUAGAGAUCAGAUUGAUCGGCCCGCCCGUUUCGAGACGCCCCUGCCUACCAAUUGCCUGCCCUUGCCCCUCCCCCUGAAGACUCUAAGCGACAUCCUAUAAAAGUAAGCAAUAACAAGAAUACACCCCGACGGAGCGGCCCGCCUCACUAUUAUACACCGUGUCCUGCGCAACAUCGCUCACAGUCAACAUUAUCGUUCAAUGACCCGCUGCUGUACCCACUACUGUACUGUAUGUACUCGAUUUACAUACAGCACAGUAAGAUCAUGGUGCGAAGAGGAUUUAUAUAGUGAGAUAGAGCAAUGUACUAAUUAUAGCAAAUAACGCCCUCUUUGUCGCAAUUGGCGCAUACGGAGAGCCGGAUGAAGUCCGUACGUAUAUGAGGCUGCACAGCUGAGACGAACAGUGGAGACCUACACAUGGGGUCAGAAAGCUGCGUUCAGGGGCCUAAAGCUGCAUCAUCUGGGGCCUGAAAGCAGAGGAACUCUUAGAAGGAAUCCUGUAGUGUACGCAUCUUGCGAAUGUGGCGCUGUACCUAAAGUGCUAGUCUCGUAAUUUGAAAUGACUGAAUGCCAACUCUGCACCUACCACUGCACGUAUCGCGGCCGUGUGGCAGUGUAGUAACGACGGACGGAAGCGUGAACCAGAAACAAGGUGGGUAGGUCUAUUAUUGGUGUACAUAUGUAACCGUUGUGCGCUGGGCCGAUGUGCCAUCAUUUCACUAUCACUGCCUGCUCCUCCGGACGUGUUUCCUAUUCCUCUCCAAAUGGCCGAUCAACCGCGAAUGCCCAAACGAUGGAACCCGAAACUGCGAUCAAGCUGUGAUGGGUGUGGUGCGGCCAAAUUGAAAUGUGAUCGCGAGCAGCCCGAGUGUGGACGCUGUGUCUCACACGGCAUGCAAUGUGUCUACGGCUUCUCGCGGAAGAUGGGCAAGCCGCCGCGAGACAAGCUUCGUGCAACCUUACUUCCGGCGUCCAGCGAACAUCCCGAACAGCCCAAAACCGCUGGUUCCACGUAUGUGGAUAGGCCACAGAGUGGUAGUGAUAGCAGUGGAAGUGGUGUUUUGAUGGAUAUAGAUAUGGGAUGUCUGGUACCCGAUUCGAGGGCCGUUGAUGUGCCUGGUGCAUGGGAUACGGUCGGCGACAACACCAGCAGCAACUUUCCCAUGGCCAACCUAAACGACGGGAUAGAUGACCUGUUUAGCUUUACUCCGGUUGAUUUCGCCUCUCUGGAAUUUGGCGAAUGGGGACAUUUCAGCGACGACGUACUUUCCUCCAACCUGCAAUUUGGACCUGGAUCCGCAUCCACGCCGGAAUCGUCUGAGCUGAAGAACUAUCUAUCACCAGGGGCUCUGACAUUCCAACAAACAGCGCAUCAAUCUCACACUGACGAUGUCCAUAAGAGUUCACACUCCGACAGAGCGUCAAUACCGCCUCCGGACAUCAACAUCACAGGCCACGACUGUCCUCGGGAAGCGUACGGAAUCCUUGGAAGUCUCGCCUUCCAUAACCUCAGCAAGGCAUCAUGUGUUCCUAAUGAAGGGACGGGCUCAGCAAGAGGCACUGGUAGUCUAGUGUCUUCGGAUGUUCCUUUAGAUUGUGUGCUUCGUCUCAAUCGCGAGGCUAGCGAGCGACUUAGUCGUCUCCUCCGCCUCCUAAAUUGCUCCUGCGCUAGAUCGCCGCAUCUUGCAUUACUCUAUGCAUCAAUCAUUUCUCGAGUCCUUACUUGGUACCAAGAAGCAGCGAAUUGCAUGGAUAGUGCUUCAUGCAGCCCUAUAGCCACAGCGUUGGACAUGGCGUCACACCAUGUGCCAACGUCGGGUCCCUCAUCCUACUCUAGCAAGAGCUCCGGGUCCAGGGCCGGGCCUUUCGUGUGGUCGAGCACGGCGACUAGCUCCUAUACCAGUAGCGCAAGUGGUACAUCGCCAUUGCCACAGUCUGCAGGGCUAGCUGUUGCACCAACCAAGAUGGCAAUCGGGACAUUUGAUGUCGACGACUUGCAUGUUCAGAUCGCCUUGAAGAUCCAGUUGCUCUUAGGCGAGAUGAGAAGAGCCGGUCGUCUGAUUGAACUAUUUAUUACUUCGCAUAACACCGGUGGCGAAUGUCUUACCGAUAAAUCUACUCAUGGCGGCAUUGAUAGUUUGUAUAUAAGUCUAGAUUCGUGGCUAAAGGGUGAGCAUUCCACGAUAUCUAAUAUGAUGAGGUUGAAAUUGAGGGAGCUUAGCACUUGAAUAGAUAAAAGAUUUCUUUUUAGAGUUAGAGAAGAAUCAAGAUUUGCCCACCAAAUUUUGGUUCCAGUUGCUUCCAGCAGAUGCGCCAUCCAUCUGCCACCUCUUUAUACUUUAUGCAUGCCGCACAUAUUCCGAAGACCCCGCGAAUGAAUCAAUUUCACGAGAAUAUGCUGCACCAGUAAAUGGGCAUUUCCUACCAGAGAAGGCAUUUCGGAGAACAAUGGCAUAUGAGACCAAUGGAAUAUAUCCCGAAAGGAGGCAUAAUUUCGGGAUAUAAAACACCUCGAGAACCAGUGACACUCGCGGUUGGGCCCAAGUGCAUAUUGCAGUGGGGUACAUAGGGCAGGACCCCAGCAGGAUGCCUCGAAGGAAAGCCUUGGCAAUAUAUAAAGUCUAGGGAAAUAUUAGGUAAAUGAAGUUUAAAGAUCGAUGUAGUCCUUCUUGGUCUCUCCGAUAGUCCAUGCCUCAUUAACGGUACUGAGAAGCACGUAUACUUUCCGCAAAAAUAUCAACGAUGGGAUAAUUUAUGUCGGAGAUAAUACACCAUCAGGCUUUCACAAUAUCAACUUCUGCCAUCUGUUUAGAAUAGAG